CACGCCUGCCGCUGAUUGGCUCCCUCCAAGAGCACUCCCGUCCUGGGCGCUUGCGCCCUGCUCAGGGGCGCCGGUGGCCACGUUUGGGUCUCCCUCCCGAUGUAAAUCUCAUUCCCCUUCUCCUCCAGCCCCUAAGGAGUUUGCUCGCCACUGUCGCUGAAUGAUUUCGUCAUCGGAAGCAGAAAAACCACCUUUGCAUCCCUCUUCGGCUUCUGACGUGUCUUCAAUGACGUCAUAGCCCUGCGGAAGUGAAAGUAGAGGUUGGGGGUCUUUGAGGACUUCAUGGAGCCCAGAGGGACCAAGAGAGGGUCUGGGAAGGUAGAGGUAACUGAGCCUCGGAACAAACUUCCCUGUCCAGCACCUUCACUGCCCACAGACCCAGCUCUCUACUCUGGGCCCUUUCCUUUCUACCGGCGUCCUUCCGAACUGGGCUGCUUCUCCCUGGAUGCUCAACGCCAGUACCAUGGAGAUGCCCGAGCCCUGCGCUACUACAGCCCACCCCCCACCAAUGGUCCAGGCCCUGACUUUGACCUCAGAGAUGGAUACCCCGAUCGAUACCAGCCCCGGGACGAGGAGGUCCAAGAGGGCCUGGACCACCUACUACGCUGGCUCCUGGAACACCGAGGAGAGCUGGAGGGGGGUCUAGGAUGGCUGGCAGGGGCCACAGUGACAUGGCGGGGGCACCUGACAAAAUUGCUGACGACACCGUAUGAGCGGCAGGAAGGCUGGCAGCUGGCAGCUUCCCGGUUCCAGGGAACACUGUACCUGAGUGAGGUGGAGACUCCGGCGGCCCGGGCUCAGAGGCUUGCUCGGCCACCUCUCCUCCGGGAGCUUAUGUACAUGGGGUACAAGUUUGAGCAGUACAUGUGUGCAGACAAACCCGGAGGUUCCCCAGAUCCCUCUGGGGAGGUUAACACCAACGUGGCCUUCUGCUCUGUGCUACGCAGCCGCCUGGGAAACCACCGUCUGCUCUUCUCAGGGGAGGUAGACUGCACAGAUCCCCAGGCCCCAUCCACACAGCCCCCCACCUGCUAUGUGGAGCUCAAGACCUCCAAGGAGAUGCACAGCCCCAGCCAAUGGAGGAGCUUCUACAGACACAAACUCCUGAAAUGGUGGGCUCAGUCGUUCCUCCCAGGUGUCCCAAAGGUUGUUGCCGGCUUCCGUAACCCAGAAGGUUUUGUCUGUUCCCUCAAGAUCUUUCCUACCAUGGAGAUGUUUGAAUACAUCAGGAACGACCGUGGUGGCUGGAAUCCCUCUGUGUGCAUGAACUUCUGUGCCGCCUUCCUUAGCUUUGCCCAGAGCACAGUUGUCCAGGAUGACCCCAGGCUUGUCCACCUCUUCUCCUGCGAACCUGGCGGCCCAGUCACUGUGUCUGUACAUCGAGAUGCACCCCAUGCCUUCCUACCCAGGUGGUAUGUGGAAGCCAUGACCCAGGAGCAGCUCCCAUCACCCCCUAAGACACCCUCUCCCAAGGACUGAUGCUUUACAGGGGCUGGUCAUAUCCCUGGGUGCACAGAUAAUAAAAGCACAUUUCUAAGUGGUU